CGGGAGAGGGGAAUGGUGCGACAAGUGGCAAGCCAAAGUUCUUACUCGAUCUGGAGGGAAAGGGCACCGGCACCGCAGGUGAGGUCGGAGCCAAGCAGCAGGAUGUCUUACCAUACUAUCUUAAGAAAAGCUAGCGAUCAAGGCUGCAAUGAUUUGAAUUUUCUAUCGUCAUCUGUGCGUUUCUCGUGCAAGGAUGGAAAUCGACGGGCGACGUCGUAUUAAUAGUAUAUUUGAGAUUCAUUCACUCUCACUGGCAAAUGCAGAAGUAGAAGGAUACCGAUACGGUGAAUCAAUAACAAUAUGAAUAACUUCGAACAUCCUUAUUUACUUCUACAGCUACUAGAUCUACUAAUUAUAAUAAAUUACCUUAGAUAUCAAUAUCAUAGUCCUCGUCUAACAUGCAGCGGUUGAUGGACGAUUACUUGGAGGACGCGAAACGCGCACGUGCGUCGAUGCAGGAAAAAGUGACCGUGUUUACCAGCAAUGCUGAAACUCAGAAGCGUGAGGACGGAGAGUAUGAGCGUUCUGUCUUGCAGUCAGAUCGUAUGCACUUUGGUGCGAUGACGAAGUUAAGUUUACUAGGCAAUCACUAUCUGGUGUGUUAAGUUUACUAGGCAAUCACGAUCUGGUGUUAUGGACUGUGAGCCUGAGAAAUAUGUUGGCCGAUCCUUUUUAGCAUUUAGUCAAGGGGAGAAUGUGAGGUGAGAUGAAAGGGCAGGUGGUCACCUGACGACGGAUACUGAUUGACUACCACCUUUAACAAAGGCGGAUGUUGGUCCUGGUCAUGAUGUUGAACCAGCUGGAGCCCUAGCACAUUCAACAAAGAGCGCACAACAGCAUGAUCCGAAUGCGCGUCGUGUUGAAGGAGUAGAUGUUCCUCCUUCAUCAUCUGAGAAUCAACGGAAGAGUAAAGAAGAUCCUUCUUUUACGCUGAUAGAUCAUGGUGCAGCACCUCUGGCACAUGGCGCUGGCGCGCCAUCAGCAGGAUCAGCUCAUUGUGGUCCGGACCAACAGCACGUUGGAGCUCAUACUCCUUCAUUUACAGAUCCGCAUGCUGGUCAUCAUGGCGUAGCGACUUUUGGCUCGUCGACAGCACACAAUACAGGAGCAUUUGCAUCCUCGCACCCUCGGAUGCCCUCAGGCCAGCACACAGGAGGAGGGAUGACACCACUAAGGAUGCUGUCCCCCUCCCCGCGAGGAGGUGGCCCCGGUCCUAUGUUUAGUCCUCGAGGCUUUUCGGGCGUGCAAAGACAGCACAUACCUUCACUGUCGAUGAAAACUACCUGGGAGAACAUGUCUUUAGACCAAAGAGAUGUAUGUCGCGGCAAGAUACUACGACACUGGCUCACCGCUGCGAGCAGGUACUUGAAUUUUGAUAGUCUAAAGAACCCGUCCAGAAGACGACUCGCGUACUUCUUCGACGGACUGGGUUUUUUACAACAAUCGUGAGCGGGUACUAAAAACUAUCUACGUAGCCGCUGCUCCUGCAGCUUCAUUCUUUCUUCCAGUCUUCCGGUAUUUUUCCUUUCAAAGCAUUGCCCUUGACUUUGUUGUAAUUGGAAGUCGAAUGUAUGUUUUGGAGCGCGCUCCUCGUGUCGUAUGUUCUAGCACAAGAAGCUCGUAACAGCUUAUGCUUAUGCAUCAUUCACGGCGAUCAUCAACACCCAGGAUCCAAUACUGGCGACGGCGUGCCCUUAAUGCGGAGUCAACGUGGAACCGCGUUGAGACCGAAAUUAAGUCCCGAGCAAAUUCGGGAGGGGGAGCGGGUACGAAAAGCUCGUACAAACCGCAGGAGCGGGCUCCGAGCGUGCUGGCUUUAACGAGACCCACGCGCGCGACCAUGAACGUGACGCAGGCUAUGCCAUUACGUUCUUCAGCAUCCACGUUCGAGAAGAGUACCAGAGAGACACAGUCAGGAGCACAGCAGGCAUCUUCUGGAUCGUCUACAGGGGGUAGCAAUCAAAAAGAUAAGCAGGCCCGUGCCGCGUCCUCCGAAGUACGCGACAGAAGCCAUUUGACCACAGCGCUCCUUCACAGCGAGGCUAACAUAGACGCCAUUAUGAACCACACCGCUGGGAAGCGACAAGGCACUAGCAGUUUCAACUCCCAUGUAAGGCUAAGGCUCAAAAUAAUUUGUUUCCAAUGGUCAUUUUCUUCUGUUUCCUUCUUGGGAUUCUGAAGAAAUGAACCCAAGAAAUGAGUUCUUUUGCGCUCUAUUAAGGCGGUCGUUGCACUUUGACGCUGGGAUAGUACCGCAGAAAGACCGAGAGGACUCGCUAGACCGGCAGGAAAGGAAAACGCGUCUACAAUCUAUGGUGUCUGCAGGACAAACGGAAAAAGAGGUGAAGCGCAAGAUGACCCACCACCAGACGUCAGCGGAUCCAACAGACGCACUUGUUUUAAGGCCUUUAGUUUUUCUCCGACAUAUUAAGCAUAAGUAAUAAAAGUAAUCAUAUGAUCUUAAUACAUCCAAAUCAAUCUUUACCUAGGAAAAGCAAGACGACAACACGCCAACGCAGAAGACAGUAUCUAUAGUACCUUGCUCAGAAGUAUCGUUCCACAAACAUUGUCCUUCGUUCUUGUUCGACGUGCCUGAAGCUGAAGGUCUAUGGAUAAACUAACAAAUUUUCUGAUAGAUAUUACAUACUACUCAUACAACAUAAGCAUAAGAUCAAUACUCUCCACAAUGAAUCACCGUUUUUCUAAUCAGAACGGCCAUCGAGGAGCAGACUGACGCCGCACGGCGGCCUUAUUUUCCGUCUCGCCAAACGUUGUCGCCGAAGCGUUGCGACUUCGGAGUUGCGGCUGAAAAGCGACUCACGAUGGCCCGGAAGCUGCGAAUAAAAGCGAAAUCACAUGGAAUGUACAGUUAAGGCUCAAUAUAUUUCAUUUUUCCCCGUCAUUUCUCGUAGUUUCCUUCCUGGGAUUCUGAAGAAAUCAAUGAGAAGGAAGGGGAAAGAAAUGGAAUGCUUAUUGAGCUCCUCUAAUACAGCUAUGGAGCAGACGGUCCUUUGAUGUCUGUGUCUAGUUCCAAGAACAACGUGUCUUUCAUUGGAGAUGAUGGCACCAGUGAUGCUGCAGCAGAAGUUGUGGCGAGAAGUGGCGAUCCGAAUACUGUGCCUGGACGUACAACAGGCCUGUUUCACCUCGACGUGUUGAACGAAUUCAUCGAAAGUUUGAACUCCGACGAGGUUGACAAUUCUCUGUCGCAGGUGUCCAGCCUUCUUAUCGGAAAAGCAAGACAGGACAUCGAUGCGAUCAAGAACAUCGAGGGGCAUCACGACCUGAACAAAAAAGAACUAAUGGCAGUAAUAGACGCUAUGCGGGUACUUUCUCACAACUUGAUGUUGAUGAGAUUUUUUUUCGACCUCACAACAACCUACUUACUUACUCCAACCAAUCUGUAACUGUAUGUCGAAGUACUAUGAGCUUUAUUCCUUUAGACUGCUUAGCCUCCGAAAAGAAAUACUUAUGCUCUCUUUCUUGAGAUAUCACGAUCCUAGAAGAACAUCGAAGCAUGUAGCUAAACCGAGAGCAUCACAUGACUUUCUUGGGUGUUGUCAAUAGAGUAAGCAGGAGAAUCCUUGCCACUCACACGCGCAGGACGGAUUUUCUUCACUAGUAGAUCAUAGUCAUACCAUCUUCACCCCAAAACAAGCAAAUUCAAUCGACACGACAUGAGAUUUCCAGCAGCAAGUUGGUCCGACAUGUUGAAAACUGCAGACUUUGGCUGGAUUUGAGGCAACAGCAAAUGCGAAGUGCCCAAGAGCAUUUGAUUCAUCUGCGCAGACAGCUUGAAAACCUACCAGAAACGAAGAGCAGACUGAACGAAGCUCAGUUUCGAGAACAAGAGGCGACGAGAGCUGUUGCUAGCAUGGUACUCAUACUUAGAAAGAGAUGAGAACGAGAAGUACUAGUUGUGGCAGAGCUCAUGUUGUACCCUUCUUUAGAAGUUGGUUCUAGUAGUAGAAAUACAAGAAAGAUGUUUUUUGCGCAGUAGAUGAAGACGCAUGCACUAAGCACGCACAAGUGGUAAGUAAAUAGAGGCCAAAUACCCGCAGAUCUUCUCGACCUCCCCGUUUAAGGCUUGCAACAGAAUACCGAGUAUACCAACACCAUAUCAAGAAGACCACUAACACAGGUCGAUCUUCUUGAGCAGCUGAACCUUCACGCGCGAGAGGGACUCGAACGAGCUGGAGUUGCGCUUUCGGAGGACGUUGCACAGAACGAAAAGCAUAUUGAAGUAUCAGCAGGCUCAUUAGCUCGAGAAGCAAGAAAGGCAACUCAGGUUCGCGUUGCACGUCGAAAGUACAACGAAGCGGUGCAGAUGCGAAUCGAGCAGCUUGGGGCUUAUCUAGGCGAGUAUCAGGUAAUACUACAUCUACCCAUAUUUUUUUUUCCAACAAGCACUAACAGAACAGCACGACAAUCUUCAUUUAGUGAAUCAGUGUUUGUGUUUCGACGCACGUCGCCGAUUAAAAUUCGGGCUAAGAAGGGUGAGUGGGUAUGAUGACUGUGCUCUUGAUUGACGUUCAUCUAUGACAUAAUGGACAGAAGAGGCUGCGUCUGCAGCAAUUGGCUUCAUCAGUUUAACACCUUCACCUACACCAUCUCCAUUACCUUCUUCGCACAACAUCAUGUUGAUCAUUCCAGAUUCUCGCAGGAGCCGUGCGUCCCCCAAACUCUGUGCAAGGUUACGCACCACCGGAAAAGCAAAUAGAUGAGACCCAAGCAGCAAUCGCACAUGCUGCUGCUUCGCCUGAGUUACGACACCAUGACGCUCUCUCCCAUCAAAUGGACCACAUGCGACAUCAUCCAGAGCUGAAAACCAGUGCACAUCGCGCCUACCAUAACUGGCGAGUGGCUGGGAGUAGUCGGCCAAAAUAA